UGACCUUCUAGACUUUACAUAUUUACAUCAUUCUUAAAUCUUUUCUAAUUGAGCUGUAGUUGGCACCAUUCACAAUGGUUUUCUUCUGUUAUGUUGUCAUGGAAACAGAUACAUCUCGAAUACUUCCAGAGUUUGGAGAAGUUGAAAUAUCUUCUCUACCAGAUGGUACUGCUCUUGAAGACAUAAAAUCAUUGCAAAGUCUUUAUCGAGAGCACUGUGAGGCAAUAGUGGAUGUUGUUGUGAAUCUUCAGUUUAGCCUGAUAGAAAAAUUGUGGCAAACUUUCUGGCGCUAUUCCCCUUCUGCUCCAGCUGAUGGCACUGGUAUUAUUGAAGCAAGCAAUCUGACUGAAAUAGAAAGUCGACUUCCAAAAGGAAAACUGAUUACUCUGUGCAAAAAUGAGUCUAUUCUGAAAUGGAUUUGUAAUUGUGACCAUGUGAUGUACCAGGCUUUGGUGGAGAUUCUCAUUCCUGAUGUCCUUAGACCUAUUCCUAGUAAGUUAAACACAGAUAACACCUCAUAAGAAUUUUGGUUUGGUUUGUUUUAUGUGGUGGUGUUUUUGUGCAUCACAUGAAACUUUUGGGAAUGAUUUCGAAGGAUAUAAAUGUAGCAUGUGUCA